AGCCAGAGAGGAGGCAGCGUGAGAGCAGAAACUUCAGACGCUGCCGAUCCCGGCGGGGCUUGGGUGAACCGCGGCGGCCGUCGCUCCCACUGGCAGCAGCAUCCUCCCUGCUCCUCUCCGCCACCCCGGGGAGGUCCGGAGCUGCCUCUCUACGGCUACCACGAGCCCAGGGGUGAGAGCAGCCACCCGCAGGAAGUUUGGUCUCCAGCGUAGUUUGGGGUGCCUCGCGCGUACGCGCCGGACUGUGAGGGGCCACGGACGAUGCUGGGCGCUGUGCGGGGCUGGGGGCGUCCGGAAAGCCUGCGUUUGUCCGCGGUCCUGCUGCUCUCCCCAGUACCCUCCUCAUCACCCAAGUGAUGGGAACAAGGGCCCGCCCAGGCAGUCGCUGUCGCCGCACCGCCCGCUCGCUGGCCCUCUGCUCUCGGAGUCACCCAGGCACACCCCCGGCACCCGGAGCUGGUCGUCCGGAGCUCCUGCUGCUACCUUGGCUGCCAUCAUCUUUGCUGCCGGUGGCCAGCUGCUGACUGGGCUCGUUUGGAGACUGAGAAGCACUUUUUGGCGCUCCCUAGUCCAUUCUCACACCCCAACUUUGCAGCCGCCGCGCCUGCCCUCGCAGCGGCGCUCGGGCGCGCAUUGUGGGGGCGCACGCCGGGAGGCUCAGCAAGACCGUGGAGGCAGGAAACGGCACCACCGUUCUUCUGCUUUAGCUCUUUGUUGUUCUCUUUGGAUGGUUCUUGCAAGUGUCUGAGCCUCCUCGGAAACCCUGGGGCCGGAGAAGACAAACCUUGGAAUUCUUCGUCGGCAAAGGACUCUGAGAUAUUGACAAGCAUCCGGAAAGGUGGACAAGUAAUUGCCCUGAAAACUCCUGGCGGAUUGACCCACGUUGCUUAUAUUAAGCCUUUGUGUGUAGUGUGUGUGGUGUGUGGCUUCAUAAAUUUGGGGACCCCAUUUCUACUCCCUCCUCUUGGCAUGAGACUGUAUGCAGGAUCUACCCGAGGACAAUGAUCGCGGAGCCUGCUCACUUUUACCUGUUUGGAUUGAUAUGUCUCUGUUCAGGCUCCCGCCUUCGUCAGGAAGAUUUUCCACCUCGUAUUGUUGAGCACCCUUCAGACCUAAUUGUCUCAAAAGGAGAACCUGCCACUUUGAACUGUAAAGCCGAAGGCCGCCCCACGCCCACGAUUGAAUGGUACAAAGGAGGGGAGAGAGUAGAGACGGACAAAGAUGACCCUCGCUCACACCGAAUGUUGCUGCCAAGUGGAUCUUUAUUUUUCUUACGUAUAGUACAUGGCCGGAAAAGUAGACCCGAUGAAGGAGUCUACGUCUGUGUAGCAAGGAAUUACCUGGGGGAGGCCGUGAGCCACAAUGCAUCGCUGGAGGUAGCUAUCCUACGGGACGACUUCAGACAAAAUCCUUCCGAUGUCAUGGUGGCAGUCGGGGAGCCCGCGGUAAUGGAAUGCCAGCCUCCGAGGGGCCACCCUGAGCCCACCAUCUCGUGGAAGAAAGACGGAUCUCCCCUGGAUGAUAAAGAUGAAAGAAUAACUAUACGAGGAGGAAAGCUCAUGAUUACUUACACCCGUAAAAGUGAUGCUGGCAAAUAUGUUUGUGUUGGUACCAACAUGGUUGGGGAACGUGAGAGUGAAGUAGCAGAACUCACUGUGUUAGAGAGACCAUCCUUUGUGAAGAGACCUAGUAACUUGGCAGUAACUGUGGAUGACAGUGCGGAGUUUAAGUGCGAGGCCCGAGGGGACCCUGUGCCUACAGUACGAUGGAGGAAGGAUGAUGGAGAGCUGCCCAAAGCCAGAUAUGAAAUCCGAGAUGAUCAUACUUUAAAAAUUCGGAAGGUUAUGGCUGGCGACAUGGGAUCAUAUACUUGUGUUGCAGAAAAUAUGGUUGGAAAAGCUGAAGCGUCUGCUACUCUGACUGUUCAAGUUGGGUCUGAACCUCCACAUUUUGUUGUGAAACCCCGUGACCAAGUCGUUGCCUUGGGACGAACUGUAACUUUUCAAUGUGAAGCAACUGGGAACCCACAACCAGCAAUUUUUUGGAGGAGAGAGGGAAGUCAGAACCUGCUUUUCUCCUAUCAGCCUCCGCAGUCGUCUAGUCGGUUUUCAGUCUCCCAGACUGGGGACCUCACUAUCACUAACGUCCAGCGGUCUGAUGUUGGUUAUUACAUCUGCCAGACCUUAAAUGUGGCUGGAAGUAUCAUCACAAAAGCAUAUUUGGAAGUUACAGAUGUGAUUGCAGAUCGGCCUCCCCCAGUUAUUCGGCAAGGUCCUGUGAAUCAGACUGUAGCAGUAGACGGGACUUUAGUUCUCAGCUGUGUGGCCACAGGCAGUCCACUGCCCACAAUUCUGUGGAGAAAGGAUGGAGUCCUUGUUUCAACCCAGGAUUCUCGGAUCAAACAGCUGGAGACCGGGGUGCUGCAGAUCCGAUAUGCGAAGCUGGGCGACACUGGUCGGUACACCUGCAUUGCAUCAACCCCCAGUGGUGAAGCGACAUGGAGCGCUUACAUUGAAGUCCAAGAAUUUGGAGUUCCAGUCCAACCUCCGAGACCCACUGACCCAAAUUUAAUCCCUAGUGCCCCCUCAAAACCUGAAGUCACAGACGUCAGCAGAAAUACAGUGAUGUUAUCGUGGCAACCAAAUUUGAAUUCAGGAGCAACUCCAACAUCUUAUAUUCUAGAAGCCUUCAGCCAUGCUUCCGGUAGCAGCUGGCAGACCGUUGCAGAGAAUGUGAAAACAGAAACAUUUGCCAUUAAAGGACUCAAACCUAAUGCAAUUUACCUCUUCCUGGUGAGAGCGGCUAAUGCAUAUGGAAUUAGUGAUCCAAGCCAAAUAUCAGAUCCAGUGAAAACACAAGAUGUGCCGCCAACAAGUCAGGGGGUGGACCACAAGCAGGUCCAGAGAGAACUGGGGAACGUUGUGCUGCACCUCCACAACCCGACCAUCCUUUCCUCCUCUUCAAUCGAAGUGCACUGGACAGUGGACCAACAAUCUCAGUAUAUUCAAGGAUAUAAGGUUCUCUACCGGCCAUCCGGAGCCACCUAUGGUGAAUCAGAGUGGUUAAUUUUUGAAGUGAGGACCCCAACCAAAAAUAGUGUGAUUAUCCCUGAUCUCAGAAAGGGAGUCAACUAUGAAAUUAAGGCUCGCCCUUUUUUUAAUGAAUUUCAAGGAGCAGAUAGUGAAAUCAAGUUUGCCAAAACUCUAGAAGAAGCACCCAGUGCCCCACCCCAAAGUGUAACUGUAUCAAAGAAUGAUGGAAAUGGAACUGCAAUUCUUGUUAGUUGGCAGCCACCUCCAGAAGACACUCAGAAUGGAAUGGUCCAAGAAUAUAAGGUUUGGUGUCUGGGUAAUGAAACACGAUACCAUAUAAAUAAGACGGUAGAUGGUUCCACCUUUUCUGUGAUCAUUCCCUCUCUUGUUCCUGGGAUCCGAUACAGUGUGGAAGUGGCAGCCAGCACAGGGGCCGGGCCGGGAGUGAAGAGUGACCCUCAGUUCAUCCAGUUAGAUUCUCAUGGAAAUCCAGUGUCACCUGAGGACCAAGUCAGCCUCGCCCAGCAGAUCUCAGAUGUCGUGAAGCAGCCAGCGUUCAUAGCAGGGAUUGGGGCAGCGUGUUGGAUAAUCCUCAUGGUCUUCAGCAUCUGGCUGUACCGACACCGGAAGAAGAGGAAUGGCCUCACGAGUACCUACGCGGGCAUCAGAAAAGUGACUUAUCAGAGAGGAGGAGAAGCUGUGAGCAGUGCAGGGAGGCCAGGACUUCUCAACAUCAGUGAGCCCGCCGCACAGCCGUGGUUGGCAGACACAUGGCCAAACACCGGCAACAGUCACAACGACUGCUCCAUCAACUGCUGCACCGCGGGCAACGGCAACAGCGACAGCAACCUGACCACCUACAGUCGCCCAGCUGAUUGUAUAGCAAAUUAUAACAACCAACUGGAUAACAAACAAACAAAUCUGAUGCUCCCUGAGUCAACUGUUUAUGGUGAUGUGGACCUUAGUAACAAAAUCAAUGAGAUGAAAACCUUCAAUAGCCCAAAUCUGAAGGAUGGGCGUUUUGUCAAUCCAUCAGGGCAGCCUACUCCUUACGCCACCACUCAGCUCAUCCAGUCGAACCUCAGCAACAACAUGAACAAUGGCAGUGGGGACUCCAGCGAGAAGCACUGGAAAACACCAGGACAGCAGAAACAAGAAGCGCCACCCAUUCAGUACAACAUCAUGGAGCAAAACAAACUGAACAAAGAUUAUCGAGCAAAUGACACAAUUCCUCCAACUAUCCCAUACAACCAGUCUUACGACCAGAAUACAGGAGGAUCCUACAAUAGUUCAGACCGGGGCAGUAGCACAUCUGGGAGUCAAGGGCACAAGAAAGGGGCACGAACACCCAAGGUACCAAAACAGGGCGGCAUGAACUGGGCCGACCUGCUUCCUCCUCCCCCAGCACAUCCGCCUCCCCAUAGCAAUAGUGAAGAGUACAGCCUUUCUGUAGAUGAAAGCUAUGACCAAGAAAUGCCAUGUCCAGUACCCCCAGCAAGGAUGUAUUUGCAACAAGAUGAAUUAGAAGAGGAGGAAGAUGAACGAGGCCCUACUCCCCCCGUGCGGGGGGCAGCUUCUUCUCCAGCUGCUGUGUCCUACAGCCAUCAGUCGACGGCCACUCUGACUCCCUCCCCACAGGAAGAGCUCCAGCCCAUGUUGCAGGACUGCCCCGAGGAGAUGGGCCACUUGCAGCACCAACCUGACAGGAGACGACAGCCUGUGAGUCCCCCCCCACCCCCACGGCCGAUUUCCCCGCCACAUACCUACGGCUACAUUUCGGGCCCCCUUGUCUCCGACAUGGAUACAGACGCCCCAGAAGAAGAAGAAGACGAGGCCGACAUGGAAGUGGCCAAGAUGCAAACCAGAAGGCUUUUGUUACGUGGGCUUGAGCAGACCCCUGCCUCGAGUGUCGGGGACCUCGAGAGCUCUGUCACGGGAUCCAUGAUCAAUGGCUGGGGCUCGGCCUCAGAGGAGGACAACAUUUCCAGCGGACGCUCCAGCGUUAGUUCCUCGGACGGCUCCUUUUUCACUGAUGCUGAUUUUGCCCAGGCAGUGGCGGCCGCAGCUGAGUAUGCCGGUCUCAAAGUGGCGCGGCGUCAGAUGCAGGACGCAGCCGGCCGCCGACAUUUUCAUGCAUCUCAGUGCCCCAGACCCACAAGUCCUGUGUCUACAGACAGCAACAUGAGUGCCGCUGUGAUGCAGAAAACCAGACCAGCCAAGAAACAAAAACACCAGCCAGGACAUCUGCGCAGAGAAGCCUACACAGAUGAUCUGCCACCUCCGCCAGUGCCACCGCCUGCCAUUAAGUCACCCACUGUUCAGUCCAAGGCACAGCUGGAGGUACGUCCUGUAAUGGUGCCAAAACUCCCUCCUGUAGAAGCAAGAACAGACAGAUCAUCAGACAGAAAAGGAGGCAGUUACAAGGGGAGAGAAGUAUUGGAUGGAAGACAAGUUGCUGAAAUGCGAACCAAUCCAGGUGAUCUCAGAGAAGCACAGGAACAGCAAAAUGAUGCGAAAGGACGAGGAAACAAGGCAGCGAAACGAGACCUUCCAUCAGCAAAGACUCAUCUCAUCCAAGAGGAUAUUCUACCUUACUGUAGACCUACUUUUCCGACAUCAAAUAAUCCCAGAGAUCCCAGUUCCUCAAGCUCAAUGUCAUCGAGAGGAUCAGGAAGCAGACAAAGAGAGCAAGCAAAUGUAGGUCGAAGAAAUAUUGCAGAAAUGCAAGUACUUGGAGGAUACGAGAGAGGAGAAGAUAAUAAUGAAGAAUUAGAGGAAACUGAAAGCUGAAGACAACCAGAGAGGUUCGAGAGGUCUAAUGUGAAAAUGAUUGGUCAAGACACCUCCUGCCUGAUGACACGUGACGCCAGAUAAGAUGUUCAGUGCAAUCAGAGUGUACAAAUUGUCGUUUUUAUUCCUCUUAUUGGGGUAGCAUUCUGAAAAUUUUAUCGGGUUUCUAUUGUUGCUGUUUGAUCUCUAACCCUACACAGAAGCUCCCUGCUGUCCUCGCUGUGGGAACAAACCAUUACACCUCACUUCCAGCGAGGAAAGUGUAUUGACUUCUUGCUGCAGUCACCAGCCAGCAGGAAAGAACAAGAGUUCUUUUGCAUUUUGCCCCUGAGAUAUGGCGUUGCACUGCUUAUUUGCCAAGCUAAUUCAUAGCAAAGUAUUGAUCAGAAAUACAAAGUUGAUUAUUCAACCUCAUGCCAAGGGCUCUGAAAGCAUCAUCUUUCUAUAACCAACUGCUAAUGCAAAUUAAAACAUAUUUCAUUUUAACAUGAUUUUAAAAUCAGUCUUUCGUGCUACCCUUUGCUGGGAGAAAACUAAAAAAAUAAAGCAAAUGCAAAACCACAAACAAUUUGAAUGGGGUAGACACAUUGUAAAUAUAUAUUCUUUGCAACCCCUGGUGGUACUUUAUUCUGUCUUCAUUUCAAUCACUGAAGUAUAUUCUUACUGGAAAUAUACUUUUGGAUGAGUAGGGCUAAGCCAGUUGGAUCUCUGGUUGUCUAGUCAUUGUCAUAAACACGCCUAAUAAAACUUUGUCUUAUUUUUCAAUCAAAAACAUAUAUAAAAACAUAUUGCAAACAAAUGGAUGUUUUUAAUGAUCAAUUGAGUAAGGACAUCCUGUCUUAACUGGCCUAAAUUCCUUCUGGUAGUGUCAGUUCAACUUUCAGAAGUGCCACUUAAGGAAAUUUGAUUUUUGCUUUUGUAAUGCACUGUUUUUAAUCUUUUUUUUUUUUUUUUUGGUUUUAAAAGCACAAUCACUAAACUUUAUUUGUAAACCAUUGUAACUAUUAACCUUUUUUGUCUUAUUGAAAAAAAAAUGUUGAGAAUCGUUUUUAACCUGUUUUGUUAAUGCUCUAUGUUUGUAUUUGGAAUAUUUGAAUGAUGACAGAUGGUGAAGUCAUGUGCAUACUUUAUCGUGGACCAUGAGCUCGAUGGUUCUUGCUUUCCCUGGACUUAAAGAAAAAAGGUUUAAGUUUGUUGUGGCCAAUGUCAAAACUCACAAAAUCUCCUCAGAAGCUCAAAUAGAGGCAUUACUUGCUUUGAAUUGCCAAACGAUGCCCUCGGACUGUAGAUUUUUAUGAUCCUUUUUUGUCGUCAUAUAAAUUUCUUUGACUUAAUGAUGGGUGCUAUUUGAAGAAAAAAAUGUACAUUUAUUCAUAACCAGGUAUCAGGCCUGACCCCACUGGAAAACAAAGCCAAACAAAACUGAACCGCAAAAAAAGGCUGGUGUUUGCCAAAAAUUCAAUGUGUUCAUUUAGAUAAAUCGAGAAGUUCCAUAGAAAGGGUGUGCAGUGCUAAGGGAACAAUCCAUGUGAGUAAUGUUUUCAUUAUGUUCAUGUAAGAAGCCUCUUAUUUUUAGCCAUAAUUUUGCAUACUGAAAAUCCAAUAAUCAGAAAAGUAAUUUUGUCACAUUAUUUAUUAAAAAUGUUCUCAAAUACAU